CAUACAGGCCGAUUGUCUCGCCAAUCCCUGGCGGAACCCACUUCUAUCCAGCUCCCCUGUUACUUUUGUACCUUGGCAGGCGACAUCUAGGGACUGCGUAGACCGUGGUUGAAUGGACGAAUCCGUCCUGGUCUCUGCCUUCGUGUCGAGUAAAUAGGUACAACUAAUUACUAGUACUAGUACUACAACAUUACACGCAGUCAUCGAUUCUCGAAGCCAUUCUCGUGAACUCUUCCGCUGUCGAUGCACCACUUGUCCGACGUCACUCGAGACCAAUUGAGGUUAGGCGGGUAAGGCUUAAGGCACAAGGCUCAAGAAGAGAUCGGACAUUCCAGUCUCUACCGACCACCUUGGUCUCGACUUGAGGACCUGCGCCGCGUGAUGGAGCGGGACCCCGAGAUUCAGAAGAAAAAUGAAGGCUCCCCGGUCAGUACGGACCCGACGUGGGCGGAAUCGAACGCAAUGAAAUCGCCAGUCGAGAAAGACGACAAAGACGAGCGAAGAAUACCGGAACACGAUUCGAUGGUGACGGUUCGGUUAUCAGAACCGCCUUCCUUGUCGGUGAAUACGGACCUUCCGCCGAACACUUUGCCUUUUAGAAAGAGCAUAUGGGGACACGAAUGUACACCUACGAGUGCAACUGCGCCAAGUGCGACACCCACGAUAGAGGAGGAAGUGACAAUGGAGGAAAAGAUUGUUGAAACUGAAAUUGAAUUGAAAACGCCGUCCGACACUCCUCAAACUAAAAUUUUGCUACAAGAACUUGGAGAUACAACCUCGACAAGCCCAGGCAGUCCAGGAAGCUCAGGGGAAGAAAAGCAAUCGGACGACGUCGACCCAAUGGACGAGUCAGAUACGGAAGAGGUCGAUUGGGACCAAUUACAAAAGACGGAAGACGAGCAAGUUAAAGAUCAAGACGACAACUCUACCGCCUUGCUACUGGCACGACUCGAACAAGAGAACAAUAAAAUAGCCACAAAUCCGAAGAGCGUCAAAGUCAAGGUCGUCGAACAAACACCAACCCGCCGACCUCGACCGCCAUCCAUGGCACAGAUGCGAGACAUGGUCAACGGGCCGACGCCCAUGGCCCUCCGAUACUCUGUCCUCCCUCCCCCGCCUAUGACCGAUCUCGAAUUCUACAUGGCCCUCGUCAAGGAUUAUCAGCAGACCGCUGCUCGUCUGCCUACCUUGUUAUCCAAGAAGAUUCGAAAGGGAGUGCCGCCACCCCUGCGAGGCGUCGUUUGGCAGAGCAUGGCCGGUGCCCGCGAUAGCUUUCUUCUCGAGCAGUUCGAUAGACUCUGCGGCGAAUCGAGUCCUUACGAGGGAAUCAUCGGCAAGGAUCUAGGUCGAAGUUUUCCCGGCGUGGAUAUGUUCCGAGACCCGGACGGCGACGGGCAGCGAAUGCUCGGAAGAGUGCUAAAGUGCUUCAGUCUCUACGAUCAGAAGAUUGGAUACUGUCAAGGACUCGCUUUCUUGGUUGGCCCUCUGCUAAUGCAUAUGCCAGAUAGUCAAGCAUUCUGCGUUCUAGUGCGGUUGAUGGAGUAUUACGAUCUACGAUCAUGCUUCUUGCCCGACCUGUCAGGUUUGCACGUUCGCAUCUAUCAAUUCCGUGAGUUGCUUCGGCAAAAUCUGCCCACCUUAUCGAACCAUCUCGACGAACUACAGGUCGAUCCGGCCUAUGUUUCGCAAUGGUUCCUCUCAUUCUUUGCCGUUACAUGCCCCCUGCCGAUGCUGUUUCGCAUCUACGAUGUCAUUUUUGCCGAAGGUGCGUCGGAGACUAUUAUGCGGGUGGCCCUGUCGCUUAUGCGCAAAAAUGAGAGCCGCAUCUUGGCCUGCACCGAGCUCGAAGAUGUUAUGCAACUCCUUUUAUCUCGCGGCCUCUGGGAUUGUUAUCACUACAACGCAGAUGAAUUUGUCGAUGAUUUCGUUAGCCUGUCUAGCGUCGUAUCGCGAGAGAAAUUAGCCCAACUUGAACAGGGGUAUCGCGAGGAAAAGAUCGCCAGUGCCAAUGCCGCGCGAACGGCCGAUGUUACCACAGCCGCCUCCCGAUUUCUGGGCCGUCUUUGGACUACGAGCACCUCCUCCCCGAGAUCAGGAACUCUCUCACCCGGACUCACCGCACCGCUGAGACCGUUAAGUAUGCUGCGCCGAAGUGCUUCGAAGCAGAGUCUGGCGUCCACGCUCAAUUCUAUGGAAGCCAGUUCCGCUAGCGUCCUUAGCACCGUAUCCACCGACGCGACCACGCUAUCGCGCGACUCGUCCAAUGCUGAUGAUGCGUCCAUUCGCGAGUCUACGCCAAUCGUGACGAAGCAACACUCGAGUCGCAUUGCUGCCGAUAAGAACCUCCAUACUCAAAUCGAGGAUCUCCUCACCGCACUCAGUGAAUUACAGCGAAAUCAUGCGCUGUUAGCCACACAGCUCCAACAGGAGAGGGAGGAAAGAGACGAAGACAGAAAGGCGGUCAAGUCAUUGCUCGCCGGGUUGAAGAAGCAAAGUACGAAUGAGCAGACUGGCACAGCAGAUGACGAAAAGAACACCGACGAUACGACCGAUGAUAAGACUGGUGAUAAAGAAGAGGAAGGAAAGAAGCCGGAUGAAGAUCGGUUAUCAGUGCUGCUGGAGGCAGUCGAGGGUCGUUUCUGUGUUGAUGAGGGGCAGAAACGCAGGUCGUCCUCGUUGCUGACAAAAGCGCAGCUACGCGAUGAAUUGGCUAGGACGAAGGAUCAUCUCAGAAUCGAGAUGUCCAAGACACUCGGCUUCAAUCGUCGCAUCGAGGAACUUGGACAAGAGGCCAACACGUUACGAGAACAAAUUCGCGAGAGUCACGCCCAUGUUCGCAACCUCCACCAGGACAAACAGCGUCUCGAGAGGCAGGUCCACACUAUGCGUGUGCGAGCUUCGGCUGAACCCCCUGGAUCGUCGGAAUCCGGAGGCUGGUUCUCGUCGGGGAGUAGUCUGACUGCCGACAGCGGCACUGCCAACGGUGGCAGAGCCAAUAACGGUCUUCGGGAGUUCAAGCUUGGACGUAGCAAGUCGACACCCAACACCUCGGCCUUCACCUCUCGUUCCGGAUCGCUAGUCAGGACGCAAACAGAGCCGGUCACCUCGAGCGAGCACGAUAACCUCGUCUUAGAACUUGUACAGGCUAAGACAGCCGAGGCGGUGGCUCGUCAGGAAGCUGACGAAUACAAGCAAAAGCUCGAGACUCUACGGAGAGCACACGGCAUUCCUGCAGAGACAUCUAACGCCACAUCGACUUCUGCAAUGGGGAUGAUUGGACGGUUUGCAUCCACGAUAUCAGAAGCCGGCGGUGGUACUAAGAAUGCCGCUCCUGCAAGUGCACCAACGUCUACUACUCCUACUAGUGCUGGUGGUUUCUGGGGUUGGCGACGAUAGCAGCCGCGCCGCCACUCAAUAGCUUGGAUGGCACAAGUAUAAUACACGGCGUUGCGAAAGAGCAGCAACGCAUGGCCAGAUUUUUUUAUUUUUUGGAAUGGUCAAUUCUCGAGGAGGCAGAAAUUAGAGCAUUUCUACGGCGACUUAUGAUGACUUGUCACUGUCGGGACGUUGUCAGGACAGACUUCAUCUGUUACGCUGCGCAUUAAAAGCUUCAUCUUACUUUAUCGUAAUCACUUACCCUGGCCCCGUAUAUUUAGACAGGGGUUAUUGG